UAAUUUCACCUUUAUGUAUUCUCUCCCGCCCAAUGUAUUAUUUUUUUUAUUUUUGCGUUUUUUCUUCAUUUUUUUGAAGAGAUUGCAGUACAGAGCUUAAAGAAUCAACCCAUUAAUGGGAAAUCCUGUAAGAACCCGCAAAAGGGUAUAUGCAGAUACAAUCCGUCGUGGCAAUGAUGGAAGCGCCUUUCAGAAAUGUGAUGAGUGUGGCGUUUUGGUGGUAAUUGCUCUGGCUGAUAUGCAUGCAUGUCAAGGUGAUCAAACCAAUCUAAAGAUUGUUAAGAGAUUUAAAGGUGUUAAUGGUAAUCAGAAAAUUGUUGGAGAAAAUUACAGGGACCAACCCAGAUCAGGUUUUAGCAUUUUCAUGGAAGAAUUUAGGAGUACAUGCAAGAAAGGAAAACAGAUUGAAAUUGAUCGAAACGGGUUCGAGACUUGGAGGAAGAUGUCAAACAAGGAGAGGAAGCCAUAUGCUAUCAAAGCUGAAGAGGUGAAUUCAGCUUAUGUUGAAAGAUUGUUUCAAGAGAUUGAUUAUUCCUCAGAGGUGGAUGAUGAUGAGGCAGAUUCAGCAAUAGUUGGGAAGUUUGAUCCGGACUGUCUAUCUCUACAUUUUAGAUAUGACACUUUUAGAGAAUUCGAAAGCCUAAACACCUGGGACAUGUUGCAACCUUGGAUUUGAUACAGCUCCUGACUAUGUCAAAGAUUGUAAUUUGGAUGACAGUUGGAGAAUUUUGCUAUUAUCUUCCACACUCUAGGGAGGCAAGUUAUUUGGCUAAUUGUAAAGCAAGACUAGGAAUUUAGUUUCUAACAGAAAAGCAGUGUAGGUAUUUAUGUUUUUCUUUCCUAGAAAUGGAAAGGUUUCACAUUUUGUGGGUCUGCUCAAGAUUUGUUAGUUGAGAAUUGAGAUAGACAGGGAAUUUGACAGUUGAACAUGAAGCAUUUUGUGUAUAAUUUUGUGCUCUCCAACUAUUUCCCUUGGGCUGCAGAAUGUUCAAUGAUCAAAUGAGCUUCUCCUUUUCUGGUUUGGUCGAAUUAAAAAAUUCGGUUAUUUUA